AUGCGCAAGGCGGCGAUAAAGCCGAGGGCGGCGCCCACGGUCCUGUACUCGCACUUCGUCAAGGAUCUCACGGCGAAGAAGGUCGUCGCCGUUCGCUUCGAGGAGGGCACCGGGCGCAUCCUCUACGAGCUGAAGGAGGGCGCGCAGCAGCAGCAGCAGGGUGGAGCGAUCGCCGACAAGGAGAACGCGGCCCCCCAACAAAAGCGGACGAUUCUGCAGACGAAGCGAAUCCCCGACGAGAAGCUCAUGACGCGACUGGAAGCCGCGGGCGUCGAGUUCGGGUCCAUCGCCGCGCCCGCGACGUCGGUCCUGUCCAAGGGCGCGCUCACCGCGAUGGCGCUGUGGAUCCCGCUCGUUCCCCUCUACUUCAUGUUCCGCAACAUGGCGAACAAGCAAGGCGGCGGGGGUAACGCGAAGAAGGCGAGGGCUCCGUCCAACGAGAAGCCCGUCACCUUCGACGACGUCGCCGGCGUGGACGCAGCCAAGGCUGAGCUCGUCGAGCUCGUGGAGAUGCUCAAGAGCGCGGAUAAGUACAAGGGGGUGAAGAACAGGCUCCCCACCGGCUGCCUCCUCGUCGGUCCCCCCGGAACGGGCAAGACGUUACUCGCCAAGGCGGUGGCUGGCGAGGCGGGCGUCCCGUUUUUCGCCGUGGCGGCUUCCGAGUUUGUCGAGCUGUUCGUCGGUCGCGGCGCGGCCAGGGUCCGCGAGCUGUUCGCCGAGGCCAGGAAGGCGUCGCCCGCGGUGGUGUUCAUCGACGAGCUCGACGCGAUCGGCGCGCGGCGCGGAGCGGGGCUCAACGAGGAGAGGGACCAGACCCUGAACCAGAUGCUGGUCGAGAUGGACGGGUUCAACAAACCCCGGGGGGUGCUGGUCCUCGCCGCGACGAACCGGGCGGAGGCGCUGGACCCCGCGCUGCUGCGACCCGGGCGUUUGACGCGCCGCGUGUUCGUGGGCCCGCCGGACUUCGCCGGCAGGGCGCAGAUCCUCGCGGUUCACCUGAGGGGGGUGCGUACGGCUGAGAGUUUGGCGGCGACGUGCGACGCCGUGGCCAGGGUCACCGGGGGUUUCACCGGCGCCGAGCUCGCCAACGUCGUCAACGAGGGCGUUUUACUCGCGGCGAGGGACGACAGGGAGGUGGUGACGGUGGACGACCUGUUCAGCGGCGCGGAACGGACGAGGAACGGGGUGGGCGUCGGCCAGGGCGCGGCGACGGUUCUCUCGGGGCUUCGCAAGCUCAUGCAGGGGGGCGACCCGAGGGAGGUGCUCAAGGAGGUGCGGGACGGGUCGGAUCGCAACGGCGGAGGUCCACCGUCCGGCGGCGGCGGGUUCGGCGGCGGCGGCGGUCGGAACGAUCCGAACGAUCCGAGCAACAUCUCCGAGGCGAACAGGCGGCAAGGCGUGGGGAUGAGCAUGCCGCCGACGUGAGAGUCGAGACGGAUCUAUCGGAGCUCCAGACUGUUUAAAUUUCGUCACGCGACGCCGACGCUCGCGAGGUGUACGCGCGUGUUCGUUCGUGUA